CCCUAUGGUUAUUGUACUCACGCAUUUCUGCACAACACCCGCGUACGUGCACUGUUUUCAAUCAGCUUCACGUCCGUCGUAAACCGGCCCAAGACGACCACUGUGUCAACGUCAUCAGCCUAGUACCCCUCUACGAACACAUCUUCGUUACCUGGUAGAAUCGCGCCAGCUUCCCGACCAUAUCACAAACAGUCAAAAUGGCAACCAAAUCGCGUUCCUCAGCAUACGGUGACACAACUAGCAUCAAUCUGAACCGUCUGCUAUCGAGGUUGGAUUCGAUAGUACUGCUAGACCCAUCACCCCAGUUGCGCAAGUCGGCGUAUGAACGCGCACGUGUUAGUGCUAAUAUUGAACAUGCGCGAACGCUGCUUCUCAGUCUCGAACAUUCAGCCUCCAAGAUCCCUUCCAAAUCGAAAAAAGCCGAACUGCAAAGCGAUUUGUCAAAGAAGCGCGAGCUCAUUAAGCAGCUGAACCAGCGGAUAUACGAGCUGAAUCAGCUAGACGAUACAGAGUCGGAAGCAUCUGUGGAUUCGGAUGAGGAAGACGAAGAUCAAUUCCCAUCAUAUGCGCCUAAAGUGAAGACAGAAGCUGGGCGUGAUAUUUCAACGUCGACAGAAGGCAACGAAGCAUUCCAAAACGCAGCACAGGGCCUUGCAUCAGAACUAAGGAGAAGAGGCAAGGCAGAUACUGAAGUAGCAGGCGCACAAGCGGCAUCUGGAAAUUCAUUAUUGCCUUCCAAGUCUACCACGACCACAGGCGACCCGACACUUGCGCAUACUGAGGCGCUCCUCUCACAUGAACGAACCGAACAAGAGUCACUCACGGCGAACCUCCUCGAUAUGGCGAAGCAAUUGAAGCAGCAGUCAAUACACUUUGGCAAUACGCUCGAGGGGGAUAAGAGCAUCGUGGAUCGAACGCUUGCUGGUCUAGACAAGAACACGCUGAACAUGGAUGCUGCGAGUAGGACCAUGGGCACACUGCGAAGGAUGACAGAGGGCAAGGGAUGGUGGGAUCGGAUGAAGCUCUAUGCCAUGAUCGCUGGGCUAUGGCUGAUCGCCUUCCUCAUCGUCUUCAUUGGGCCCAAGAUACGUUUCUAGAGCAGUGUUCGUCUGUUCUGGGCGAAGAAUAUGGUUUCUGUUCUUACGAAUCACAGCCAGAGCAUGUCAUGGGUUAUGGCGUCUACACAGGCCAGCAUUGAUCGACUUUGUGGGCCUACACAUAGCUCUGGCGCCGAAGAAAUUCCAGCCAGUAUACUUAUAAUAUAUAGCAAUACGUCCAGCUACAAUGGCAUUGUUGUCAAGGCUCCACCCA